AAAACAGAGCUGGAAAAGCAAAGAGAAGGCACUGCUGCUCCACCAAAAGCAAACUUCAUUGAAGCAGAUAAAUAUUUCCUUCCGUUUGAACUAGCCUGCCAGUCAAAGUCUCCACGCAUUGUCAGUACUUCACUGGAUUGUUUACAGAAACUCAUUGCAUAUGGACAUAUCACUGGCAAUGCUCCAGACAGUGGAGCUCCUGGAAAACGACUGAUUGACCGAAUAGUUGAAACCAUUUGCAAUUGCUUUCAAGGUCCUCAAACAGAUGAAGGAGUACAACUGCAGAUAAUUAAGGCUCUCCUCACUGCAGUAACGUCUCCGUAUAUAGAAAUUCAUGAAGGAACAAUUCUUCAGACUGUUAGAACCUGUUACAACAUUUAUCUGGCCAGUAAAAAUCUUAUUAAUCAGACAACCGCCAAAGCUACCCUCACGCAGAUGUUAAAUGUCAUUUUUACACGGAUGGAAAAUCAAGCUAUACAAGAAUCCAGAGAAGUAGAAAAAACAAAUCAUCAAAAAUCCCAGUCUCCUGCAAUUCAAGUGGUGCCCAAGUCUCCAAAGAUUGGUCAGUCAAAGCACAGCUGUCAGGAAGGCAAACCCACCACUUCUGUAAGCGUGGAAUUAACCAACGGUGAGCCUGAGAGGGCAGAAGAUGGAGACAUGAAGCUGGAACAGGAUCUGACUCUUUCAGCAUCAGAAGAAACAACUGAUGGAGAAAAGGAGAUGGUUAAAGGCAUCUUGGAAGAUGUGGUCAAGUCAGCUAUGAAAGUGGCUGAAGAAAAGCAGGUAACAGAAGCAGUUAAGGCUCUACCUGUAUUAGAGACUGCAGAUAUUGCUCUUUCCAGCUCUAGUAAUGAAAAUGUACAAACAAAUGGGAUUCCAGAUGAUGGGCAAUCUGUUUCCUCCACUGAUAAUCUGGAAACAGAUGUAUCUGGACAUCAAGGUGCUGCCAAAUUUUCCCAUGUUCUACAAAAAGAUGCCUUCCUUGUGUUCAGGUCGUUGUGCAAGCUCUCCAUGAAACCUCUUGGUGAUGGACCACCAGAUCCCAAGUCCCAUGAACUGCGUUCUAAGAUAGUGUCUCUCCAGCUUCUUCUCUCAGUACUGCAGAAUGCUGGUCCAGUUUUCAGGACGCAUGAAAUGUUCAUCAAUGCAAUCAAGCAGUAUCUUUGUGUAGCAUUAUCUAAAAAUGGAGUCUCUUCAGUUCCUGAUGUUUUUGAGCUCUCUCUUGCCAUCUUUCUCACACUACUUUCGAAUUUUAAGACCCAUUUAAAAAUGCAGAUUGAGGUGUUCUUCAAAGAGAUCUUCCUGAAUAUUCUAGAGACUUCUUCAAGCUCCUUUGAGCACAAGUGGAUGGUGAUUCAGACUUUAACUAGAAUUUGUGCAGAUGCCCAGUGUGUAGUGGAUAUUUAUGUUAACUAUGACUGCGAUUUAAAUGCUGCUAAUAUAUUUGAACGCCUUGUAAAUGAUUUGUCCAAAAUCGCGCAGGGACGAAGUGGGCAUGAGUUGGGAAUGACACCUUUACAGGAACUAAGCUUGAGGAAAAAAGGACUUGAAUGUUUGGUUUCUAUUUUGAAAUGUAUGGUAGAAUGGAGCAAAGACCUUUAUGUGAACCCAAAUCAUCAGACUAGCUUGGGUUCAUAUAAACCAUCUGAACAGGAAUUGGCUGAAGGUAAAUGCCUUGAAAGUGGAGGGAGACGGAGUAGUGUCAGUUCCUUGGACUCCACUGUGUCAUCAGGAGUUGGAACUGUUGGUACUCAGACUGCUAUCCCAGAUGAUCCUGAGCAAUUUGAAGUCAUCAAGCAACAAAAGGAAAUAAUUGAACACGGGAUAGAACUGUUUAAUAAAAAACCAAAGAGAGGAAUACAAUAUCUUCAGGAGCAGGGAAUGCUUGGCACUUCAGCAGAAGACAUUGCACAAUUUUUGCACCAAGAAGAACGUCUCUGUUCUACUCAAGUAGGGGAAUUUCUUGGGGAAAGCAACAAGUUUAACAAGGAAGUGAUGUAUGCCUAUGUAGACCAGCUUGAUUUCUGUGGAAAAGACUUUGUCUCUGCUCUACGUAUAUUUCUGGAAGGUUUUCGUCUGCCAGGUGAAGCCCAGAAGAUCGAUAGAUUAAUGGAGAAGUUUGCUGCUAGAUACAUUGAAUGCAACCAACGGCAAACACUAUUUGCUAGUGCUGACACUGCCUAUGUUUUGGCUUACUCUAUUAUAAUGCUGACUACAGACCUCCACAGUCCACAGGUAAAAAAUAAAAUGACAAAGGAGCAAUACAUUAAAAUGAAUCGAGGAAUCAAUGACAGUAAAGACCUGCCAGUAGACUAUUUAUCCACAAUCUAUGAAGAAAUAGAAGGAAAGAAAAUUGCAAUGAAAGAGACAAAAGAAUACGCAAUUACAACCAAGUCUAGUAAACCAAGUGUAGCUAAUGAGAAGCAGCGGAGGUUGUUAUACAACUUGGAGAUGGAACAGAUGGCUAAAACAGCGAAAGCCCUCAUGGAGGCAGUAAGCCACGCAAAGGCUCCUUUUACUAGUGCCACUCAUCUGGAUCAUGUCAGACCCAUGUUCAAACUUGUAUGGACUCCAUUGCUGGCAGCUUACAGCGUUGGCUUGCAGAACUGUGAUGACACAGAAGUUGCAUCCCUUUGUUUGGAAGGAAUACGAUGUGCAAUUAGAAUAGCCUGUAUCUUUGGAAUGCAG